AUGUCAAGGCGUGGUACUAGGAGACGUACUGGUACUGGAAGAGGUAGCACCGGAAAUGGUGGUCCUAUUGAUGGAGAUGAACCACAAUUAGGAAAUCAGACUGUGAAUAGAUUAGCUACUUUUCAGCUCACUGAAGAUGCUCAUAUUUGGUGGACUUCAGCAUCACGUGGCUUGGAUCAUGCUACCAUGAUAUGGACAGACUUCAUUCGUAUGUUUGAUGACAAAUAUUUCCCUCAGAGUAUUCGAAAUGCUAAGGAGAGAGAGUUUCUUGCAUUUAAUCAGGGUACUUUAUCUGUUACAGAGAAUAUUGUUGCAAAUCAUAUGAUUGACACAUAUGUUAGGGAUGUUGAAUGUGUCAGAGAUCUCGAGCAAGAUUUCUUGGCUCAUAAGAGGGAUGAGGAAUACUUGAAGAAUGACAAUAAGGUUGACCGUGCAUCAAAGGUUUCUUCAGGUCAACAUGGAAGUGGUAAGAACCACCAGACCCAGAAUGUCACUCAACAAGGUGUUCAUCCAGGGAAUAAAAGGAAGGGGCAUUGGAAUCAAUGGAAUCGUGGUCAGAAGAAUGGAGGCAACGAAAGAGCAAUAGUGUCAGCCGAAGGUGAGGUUGUUAGCGCUAAACCAAUUAACUUCUAUGGGUUUUGUUAUAACUGUCGUGAAAGGGGACAUAAGGCAUCAGAAUGUACCAAAGAUAAGCCUCGUGGUCAGGGUCAACUCUUUGUCGUGCAACCUCGUGAGACAGGGAAUACUACUUUGGGAGGUACUUUCUUCAUUUUAAGUGAAACUGUUAGUAUUUUGUUUGAUACCGAAGCUACUCAUUCUUUCAUUUCUGCUAAGUUAGUUGGCAUGAUAAAUCUUUCUGUGAAUUUGGCGGAUCUUUAUGUGUUAGAGAUGGUUCCUUACGAUGUAAUAUUAGGAAUGGUUUGGUUAUCUUCUAAUUUUGUGCAAUUGGAUUGUGCUGAAAGGACAAUCACUUUUGCAAAGCCGGGUCAAUCUAAGGUAGUGGUGCAGCUUACAUCUCGAAAUCUGUUUGUAGAAGCUUUCCUUAGUCAUAUUGAGGGUGAAUUAGUAGAUAAUGAGUUUCUGCAGAUUGCGAGUAUACCUGUGGUGUCUGAUUUUGCAGAUUUUUUCCGACAGGUUCCUGGGUUACCUCCAAGUAGGCAAGUCACGAUAAGAAACAAGUAUCCUUUGCCUAGGAUUAAUGAUCUAUUUGACCAGUUGAAAGGGGUUAUAUGGUUUUCGAAGAUAGAUUUACGUUCAGGCUAUCAUCAGCUUCUUGUUAGGGAGAAAGAUAUCUCUAAGACUGCAUUCCUGACUCGUUACAGUUCUUAUGAGUUUCUGGUGAUGCCUUUUGGGCUUACGAAUGUACCAGCGAUUUUUAUGGACUUGAUGGAUCGAGUAUUUAGAAAUUUUAUUGAUCGGUUUGUCAUUGUUUUUAUCGAUGAUAUUCUUGUGUACUUUAAGACUCGGGAACAACACGUGGAAUACUUACGCUUUGUGUUGCAGACUUCGAUAGAGCAUCACCUAUUUGCAAAGUUUUCGAAAUGUGAAUUCUGGCAACAAUCAGUUGAGUUUUUGGGGCAUAUGAUAUUUGAAUCCGGAGUUUCUGUAGACCCUUCCAAGAUUGAGGCAGUGUUGAGUUGGAAACAACCUACAACGGUUCAGAGAUUUGAAUUUUUCUUGGUUUAG